GAGAAAAGGAGGCAGGACAGUAGUUAGGAGGUGGUUUGUCACCGCCCCUUUUGGCUGUGUUCAGAGUGUGUGAGUGUCUUGCAGAGAAAGACAGACAGGAGAGGGAUUCAGGCACACAUACACACAGCUCCUGCUCUCUCUGGGUACCAUUCCCAAUCCUCUCCUCCCUGCAUCCCAAACGCAGCGCCAGUCACAUCUUUCCUGAACAAGGCGAAGCGACCGGUCAGCGGCAGAAAAACAAAACAAAACAUCUCGUUUUAAACACCUCAGCUUUUCACUUGAUCGCUGAUAAAAGAUAACAACGGUUUGGCAGAGAAUAGUGAACGGUUCCGAGAGGAACAGUGUCUGGACAGAACUGAUGACGGACCCCAAAUCAGUCUGUGUCUCAGUAGAUGAAGUGGUCUCAAAUGGAAUGGCCACCCGACAAGCCCCCAUCUUCCAGAUGCGUUUAAAGAAAGUGGAGAAUGGGGUGACAGAGGCCCACCGUUUCUCAUACUUACCACGGCGGCUUGCAGUCACUAUUGAGUUCAAAAACCUCUCCUACUCUGUCUCUGAGGGCCCAUGGUGGAGGAAGAAGGGUUACAAGACUCUACUGAAGGGUAUCUCGGGCAAAUUUAGCAGUGGAGAGCUCAUCGCUAUCUUAGGUCCCUCAGGAGCCGGGAAAUCAACGCUCAUGAAUAUUCUGGCAGGUUACAGGGAAAGUGGAAUGAAAGGUGAGCUCCUGAUUAAUGGACACCCGCGAGAUCUCCGAUCCUUCCGGAAAGUGUCAUGUUACAUCAUGCAGGAUGACAUGCUGCUCCCUCACCUCACUGUUCAUGAGGCGAUGAUGGUUUCAGCUAACCUGAAGCUCCAGGAGAAAGAUGAAGGUCGAAAAGAAAUGGUGAAGGAGAUUCUAACAGCACUUGGCCUCUUAGAAUGUGCCAACACUCGGACUGGCAACCUUUCUGGAGGGCAGAGAAAGCGUCUUGCCAUUGCUCUUGAGCUGGUGAACAACCCUCCGGUCAUGUUUUUUGAUGAGCCUACCAGUGGCCUGGACAGUUCUUCCUGUUUCCAGGUUGUUUCUCAAAUGAAAUCCUUGGCUCAAGGUGGGAGAACUGUCAUCUGCACCAUACAUCAGCCCAGCGCCAAACUCUUUGAACUCUUUGACAAGCUCUAUGUCCUCAGCGAAGGGCAGUGCAUCUACCGUGGAAAUGUUUGCAGCCUUGUCCCAUAUCUGAGGGAAAUCGGUCUGCACUGUCCCACCUACCACAACCCUGCUGACUUCGUGAUGGAAAUCGCAUCCGGUGAGUACGGUGAGCAGAAUCCUCGGCUGGUGAAAGCGGUGCAGGAUGGGAACUGUGAUAUUGACUGUAAGCCGCAUGAAAACAAAGACAAGGAUCUCAAUCCUUACCUCUGGCAUCGGCCAUCUGUUGAGGACCCAUCUCCCUCAGAGGGUUGUCACAGUUUCUCUGCCAGCUGCCUCACCCAGUUCUGCAUUCUCUUCAAAAGGACCUUUCUCAGCAUCAUGAGAGACUCAGUUCUGACUCACCUCCGCAUCACCUCACAUAUUGGGAUUGGUUUGUUGAUCGGUUUGCUGUAUCUGGGCAUCGGUAACGAGGCAAAGAAGGUGCUGAGCAAUUCGGGAUUUCUCUUCUUCUCCAUGCUCUUCCUGAUGUUUGCUGCGCUUAUGCCCACUGUCCUCACCUUUCCACUGGAGAUGGGAGUUUUCCUUCGGGAACAUCUAAACUACUGGUACAGCCUAAAGGCCUACUACCUGGCAAAGACAAUGGCAGAUGUUCCCUUCCAGGUGAUGUUUCCUGUGGCUUACUGCAGCAUCGUAUACUGGAUGACAUCACAACCAUGCGAUGCUCUGCGCUUCAUUCUGUUCGCAGCUUUGGGGACUAUGACAUCAUUGGUGGCGCAGUCUUUGGGUCUCCUGAUUGGAGCAGCAUCUACAUCCCUGCAGGUGGCAACGUUUGUGGGUCCAGUAACUGCCAUUCCAGUGCUGCUCUUCUCUGGAUUCUUCGUUAGUUUCGACACCAUUCCCAAAUACCUCCAGUGGAUGUCAUACAUUUCUUACGUCAGAUAUGGCUUUGAAGGGGUCAUCCUCUCCAUCUACGGUCUUGACCGUGAAGAUCUCCACUGCGAGAAAGACGAGACGUGCCAUUUCCAAAAGUCACAGGCAAUUUUGAAAGAGCUCGAUGUCGAACAUGGCAAACUCUACCUGGACUUCAUCGUCCUGGGAAUCUUCUUUGUCACCUUGCGCCUCAUAGCCUACUUUGUCCUGAGAUAUAAGAUCCGGUCUGAGAGGUAAAUCAGGCGGAUACCUCUGGACACCAGUGUUGAACAGGUUGGGUUGUCUCACUACAGUGACAUUGCACCUCAGGGAUUUUCCGCCAUAGAUAUAAAAUGUCUAAACCCCCUCUGGUAUCGAGCUCUAGGCAGACCCCAGCUUUGACUCUGAUUACCUGGUCAUUGCUGCAGUCACAGGACAAGAAACAACUGAUGACUGAGGGCCUAGUUCCAAGCGUCUGAAUUUUGACAUGGUGCCAAAUGUUCUUGCCACAUAUGAUAUGCUCUGUCAGUUGACUCCUCCAGCAAGUCAGGGCAACUGGAGCUGCAUAAGAGCACCCAAGCAUUUCGCAAUAUAUUUCUGGCUCUCGAGAGCAAAGUUGUCUAUCCUUUUGCUGUCCUGUACGGGAGAAAGCUCGGAUCAAGGGCAGUGGUGGGACAAAGCUGCUGGUCAGCUUUACUUCAGGGUAAUGGGAGGGGAGAGGGGUGUGUUGGUGGGAGCGGGAAGACAGGAGAUGUUCCAUUUAUAAGCUGCGCAGUGCUCUCAGUCCUGAGUCAGGUCUCUUUAUAACUUUCUGGUGCAUCCGCCAUCUUGAACUUGGCCAUCACUGGUGAGCCGAUGCAGAAAGAGCAGAGAUCCAACUCAUUCCCUGAGAGAGAGAGAGUCAGUUCUCUGUUUAAAUUUCACAAUGUGCAGAGACAGAAUUUGAAAUCUGAGGAAUAUUAAACUGGGUUGCCAAUCCAGUGCUUACAGUUUCCCACUGUGUUAAAAUUACCCGCUGGAUCUCACCUCUUUGAAGGAGGAUUGUGACUAAGUGAGCAUUGGUUUCAGCAUCUAUUUAAUUUCCCCUUUGUCCCAUCUGUAUUUAAUAGAGCUUGCACAUUGGGCAAUGUUGGAGAUGUUUUAUGGUCUCCACAUGGGUUUCAUGACCUUUGCACUUCCAUCAGACAAUGAGCUAAAAAUAUCGAGUAUCUGGUGGAUGGGUCGGACAGCCACACUCACUCUUAGUUUGACAAAAUCGCGAUGUGUGGGGAAGGUUGGGUCCUCUGUAUUCUGCCUUUUAUUCCAUCUUUCCAUUUUGUUAAUUGGACAAGCCGAGUCAUCCGUCAUCUUGGGGCCUGAGAGGGUUUCAGGGAGUAACCUGCGAUAGGGUGGAUUUAGAGCUCUACAAAUGGCCUCUGUUGAAACAGACUUUGUUUAGCUCACAAGCCAGUCUCCUAAUUGGGAAGGUAUUGUCCAGCAUGAGUAAACAGUGGGAGAUUCGGAAAGAUUCUGAGGUGGUGAAUGACAUCAGCUUUAAGGGUAACUACCUGGUACAUAUUUGGAUACCCUUAAGCAAAUUUUCACUGAUAUUCCUCAAUGCAGGUAUAUGUACUCCUCGAGAGGAGGCAAUUUCUGGAUCUGGAAGCGGUGAGGGAGCUUGGUAGUAAGUUGGAGAGGGGGGAAGUUUUUCAAUUAAAAGGUGAAAGACUCACAGUGUAGCUACCUUCCUGGUUUUGCCCUCAUUACCCUCUAACUGCUGUUAAAAACCCAAAACAGGUAUAAUCUUGAUUUUGAGUCACUGACUGCUCACUUACCCACGACCGAGCCAUGUUGUCUUUGCUUUUUGAAGCAUUUCAGUGGCAUUUGACCCAACUGAGUCCAUUUGAACUCAGCAUCCAGGUAAAAUAGGCUCAUGGACACACGCUACUCCCUAUCCUUACCUACACCGAUUGUCAUUCCAAUCAAAGAACAACUGUUGAGUUCCUGGACUCCUUCUGAAUUAUUCCAGCCUAUUUGAGCACUGCCGAGUAUAGUGUAAAUUUGCAAUCUGUUUCUCAACACUGAGGUGCUUCUGUUUAAAAUGUGCUAUGUUUUGAAAAUGAUCAUUCUCUAUCAAAUAGCAGUGACGAUGCUCUGACUGGAAGAAGACAUCUUGAAUUUGGACACGGUUUCUAGAUUCUGUGUUUAUUUGUGCAUAACGGGCCCUGGAACAAAAGGAUUUAAGACACAGAUCUGCAGUGGUCUCAUUGGAUGUUGUAACAGAAUGGAGUUGGGGGAGACUCCUGCAGAAUCAAUUGGGAAGGGGAAGGUUCUCAAGCGUUAGGCUUUUUUCUUCCAUAACAUGGAAGCAUCUGGAGUCUGUUAUUGUACACUGAUAAAUAGAAACAGACAUGUACAUUUAUCCAGUAAAGUGACCACCAUAUUUUCUGACCUUAAGUCUAGCAACAGUAUUUCUGUGAAUAUCUCAAGAACUUUUUGAAAGAAUUUCAUUCACAGGAUAUGGGCAUUGCUAGCUGGGCCAGCACUCAUUAAUCAGCCCCAGAAAGGCACGUUGCUCUGGGUCUGGAGUCUUCAUCAGGCGAGAUAAGGGCAGCAGUUACCUUCGCUACAGGGCAUUAGUGACGCAGAUGAGAAUUUCCCGACAAUUCCAUUAGCAUUAGAUACCUAAUUCCAGACUAUUUUUGUGUGUAAAAUUGAGUUCAGGUUCCCCUGUGCUGGAAUUCAAACCCAGGUCCCUAGAAUAUUAACUGGGUCUCAAUAAUGAUAAUAUCACGAGGUCACUGUCUCCCUUCUGGGAAGGCUUUGACGAACAGUGAACUGUGUUCUUCUGUAUCAGGCUGACCAACAAUGGGAUGUGCACUUGGAGGUAUUCUCUGAAUCCACCACUUGGAGUAACUCAGGGUGAUAUUUAUAGUGCUGCUAUGUUGCAUUUCGAAUUGACUGUGUCUCUGUGUUAAAGCAGGGAACCGUGUGAGCUGGGUUCUGUUGCCAACACAAGAGAAAGGAGAGUCAGUGGAAUUUUACUUCUUGUCCGGUCACAAGGACCUGUGUGCAAAAAGUGGAAUUGCAGCCUGCCCCUUUAACAUUGGCCCGGUUAGCUGGAAUGAAAAUCACUUCCUCUUCCUCAGCACCAACGUUAAUCUCUGCAGCACAAGACAGAGGAACUAAAUGCAACAUUUCACUCAGGGAGAUUGUAAUAAAAACAAAAUACAGAAAAUGUUGGAAAUCCUGUUCAGCAUUGCAAAGGUAAAAAACCACCUUAUUGUUUUGGGCACAGUAUCAUUUUUUUGAGUCAGAAGGCUACACUGCUUCUGUCGUACCCUGUACUAAUUAAAGAGGCACAAACCCAAUGCGACAAGACCAAACAGAACUUCAAAGAAAACAAGGUAUUAUUUCUGGGUCGGUGACGAACUCCAAUCUCUCCUGUGCUCUCAGGCUGGGUACACCACAAGUUCUUGUCCAGGGACACCCCCCCCCCCCCAGCACAGACAGAGCUGCUGAGCGGAUGCAACCAGUCGGGCUGAACAAACCCCUCAAAAGGCUGAUGCAGCUCCCUACUUUGGCUAGGCACUGGAGCAGUGAGUCAGGAGGUCUCCUGAUCUGUCUGCUCCCCUCUGCACUGAAUCUGAAGCAUGGGAACAAAGUGCAACUGGAAAUGAAGGAGCUGGCCCCUAUAUGAAGGCUGUAGGUUCAAGGCUUGCUCCAGGUUGUGAUCGCAUCACCUUCACUGUUGCUUCAGUGUUGCACUGUUGGAGCGGUGCUUUGAUGAAGGUUCAGCUUGACGCUGAUGUUCCUCUGGCAAAAAAACCAAAGAACAGUACGGCACAGGAACAGGCCGUCCAGCCCACCGAGCCCGCACCGACACAUGACACCUUUCGAAAUUAAAAGCCUUUUCCUUUAUAUGAAGAGCAGGAGAAAUUCACCCAGUAUCCUCAGCGCACAUUCCCCCAUUAACCAAUUUCAACAACUGCUCUCCUAGAAUCAUAAGAAUCCCUUCAGUGAGGAAAGAGGUCAUUCAGCCCAUCGAGUUAGCACUGACCCCCCCAUUCAUAUAACAUAGCGAACCCACCUUGCCUACACAUCACAAGACACCAUUGGGCAAUUUAGCAUUGCCAAUCUACCUAACCUACACAUCUUUAGACUCUUCGCUGGUAAAUUUAUGCAAAAUGGCUGCUUACAGUGUUAAUCUGAUUGGCUGCAGGUGUUGUGCAUAUAUAUAAAUUAUUGGGCGGCACGGUGGCACAGUGGUUCGCACUGCUGCCUCACAGCGCCAGAGACCCGGGUUCAA